AUGUUAGGGUUAGCACGAGUUCCUCUGUCUUGCCUCACCUUCCCGGCCGACAUUGCCGAGGGACGACGCGAUGAAGAUGAUGACAAUGUUGAUCGACUGUUACGCAUCUACAAGCUCGAAGGCUGUGACCGUGCUGAGGAACGUCAUUUUAUCAAGGGCUAUAUUGACGAGCCUGCACAGUCUGGACUUGUGCAAGAAAAGCCCAAGAAUUUUUCAAAUUUGCACCCCUCAAGCAUCCCAUUGAUUCCUUUAGCAAUUAGUUGCACCGAAGGACUCCAUCGUGUCAGGGCAGCCGAAAAGUUUCUAGACGCCCAAGACAAGUGGUGGGUGGUCAAGGUCUAUAAUAAGCAAGAUGCCUCCAGACAAGAGCUUCGGAAGGAUGCUCAGAUGUUCAUGAAUGAGCAACGGUUCUCUGACGGGUUCAUUAUGCACAGCAUCAUCUGCUGUAGGGCAGACAAAGAUAAAAACAGCGAGCAGAUGUGGUGGGCGAGACUCACGCGAACCAAAGAGUAUUAUCUUCGCCAGAUCCUCAAGCGAACAGCAUUUGCAUGUCUCUUCCAAAAAAUGCGUGCUUGGCCUGGAAUGUUCUCGCCUGUCAUGCUCGGUUCAUUCGAGCGACUCUUCUCCAUGAAAUGCGACGAGGCUAACAAAUGCCAGGAGCUAUGCAAUUACCUCGCCCACAUUAUCAAGUCCUGGGAAUCUAUUUUAGCAGGAACCGAGAACUCUCCUACAUUUCUACUAGAGGAAUCCAGCGUAAGAUGCUUGGAAGGGUUGGUGCCUGGUCUCUCAUCGGCAGACGAAGCUACAAUCCGAAGCGCGAUCCAGGAGGGCACUUGUUUUGCGGCCGCUAGCUCACAAGACAAGACCCGUAUACUCGCAAACCUUGAAAACAUCACCUACAUGGUCCCGAGCCUCCAUAUCUUCUUCGAGUCAUUGAAAUAUCUGAAACCAUGCACUGAUAUCAUCCGUACUCUUCUGCCGAAGAAAUCCAAACGCACAGUGCGAGAAGAGCUUUUCGCCGUGUAUCGGUGGCGGGAUCAGUCAUAUCUGUCGGUAGAAUACGCUCUUGGUGAUUAUCGUGAUCACCCCUCGGAGGGAAAAUUGCGAGACCGCCUACUUUGUUAUGAAAUGCUAUGGUUGGCUGUCCUCCGUCAAGUCGUCGAGCUGGGAAAUACUACUACUCGGAAAGAGCGCCACGAGCGUAAGCCAGUGGCUACCGAGCCAAGUCCAAUUCUCAACCAAGAGCUAGCAAGCUAUGCUUUCAGGCUGGGCUUCAAAACAUCCAUUGUCAGCAGGCGUAAGGACGACAAUGCUGCCGUUGCCGCUGCCCAUCAAGUUUUGCAGUCGAUGGGUGGCCCAGAUGAUCAAGAUCGGGAUCAGAUCGCCCGCGAUAUAGCUGUUUUACUCAAACGCAGGAUCGUCAAGUCACAACCCUAUGCGCCGCAUCUGACUCAGGAGUCUAAUCUCCCUGUGCAUCGGCGGUAUGGCCGACCAUUCACCGAUGAUUACUUGAGCAAUCAGCAAGUACUGUUCGUCCCAAAUAUCCACAUGGAGUCGCCUCCCAAGGCCGUGAGUAUUUCACCGUUCUUCUGUGUCAGUGAUAUGAUUAAGCACUUUCUUGGAAUAGAAAAGUCACGUUUGAAGACAAAACACCCGUUCCACAUCCUGCCCGGAAGACCCCCUUCGCAAGGUCUAGAAACUAGAUUGUCGCAGACUCCUCAGAACUAUGCCGAACUCCGGGCUGCUUUGUCAAGAAGUCAAACUGCGUUAUUAGAAUCUCAGCAAAAUGCACACAAGUCGGCUGACGAUCUUGCUCUCAAGACGCUUGAGUGCACGAAGUUACAGCAAGAACUGUAUGCCUUUCAACAACGUGUCACCACGAGCCAUCAGCAAACGAGCCACGAGGGAGCGAUGUCGGGCUCCGGUGUCCCGCCGUUCAUCCAACGGAUUCGCGACUAUUGCCGCUCUCACCCAGUACCGCAGCAAUCGGAUUUUGAAAAUGGCUUACGAGUUCUAUACGGUGAAAAUCCAGAACCAACAAUCGAAGACUUUCACGUGGACUCUCGCCAAUGUGAAGAUUUCGCGAAAAGCGUUGGCCUGUGUACGGCAGAGAUCUUUCGAAACUACGAUUACUAUGCUGGGCACAAGGCAACUUUAAUCAUUCGUCGGCACAACGAUGAGGAAGGAAAAGAAAAAUAUGUCACGAAAAUUGAAGAGAAUGUCGCAGGAGUCAUCCUCACAGCCUGGAGGAAGCACGCUGUCAUCGUCCUAUGUCACCAUCACCUCGAGCGGGACUUCGUACAGGACAAGAUGCCAAACCCAUCAUCUACGCUUUUUGCGCUAGAGAAGCUUCGUUUUGUUCAUGAGGGAGAACUACUUCUCCGCAAGAGGUUCAUGAUUGAGGAUCGCCCUGUUGAUGAUGACCGAAGGAAGAUUCAUCUCGCGGGUAAUGACGGACAAACCCCUACUACAAGAUAUGUAGGUAGCUCGACGGAUAAUACUCAAGGGCGUCGAAAGCAAGAGAGCAGGCAUAAGCAUCCAGAGGAGCCGUCUAGCAGUGUGGCACGACGACAGGAUGUGGAAGUGGAAGAAGAUGAUAUACUAUGA